CGGUGAAGGGGGGUGGGAUCUGAAAAUGGCGGCGGUGGUAGCUGCUACGGCGCUGAAGGGCCGGGGGGCGAGAAAUGCCCGCGUCCUCCGGGGGAUUCUCUCAGGAGCCACAGCUAACAAGGCUUCCCAGAACAGGACCCGGGCACUGCAAAGCCACAGCUCCCCAGAGUGCAAGGAGGAGCCUGAGCCCUUAUCCCCUGAACUGGAAUACAUUCCCAGAAAGAGGGGCAAGAACCCAAUGAAAGCUGUGGGACUAGCCUGGGCCAUCGGCUUCCCCUGUGGUAUCCUCCUCUUCAUCCUCACCAAGCGGGAAGUGGACAAGGACCGUUUGAAGCAGAUGAAGGCUCGGCAGAACAUGCGGGCAUCCAACACGGGCGAGUAUGAGAGCCAGAGGUUCAGGGCCUCCUCCCAUCAUGCCCCAACUCCUGAAGCUGGGUCCAGGGUGCAGUGGUGAGGAACACUGCAACCCUCCCCUAGACUGUAUUGAUUGUGGCCUCCAGACUGUCAAGUCCUUUCUGGUCUUUGCCUCUGAGGCCCACCAGAGGGCGCAUGAAGCCCAGGCUGCUGCCAGCCCCAUCCCCUUCCGAGAAACCAGCCAAAGGCAAAUAAAGUUACUGAGUGUUUGAGUGGAAA